UUUUCAUUAAAGAUAAUACCUAAAUAUUAAACAACAAAAAUAAACUUGGUAUUUAAAUUAUAAACAAACAAAAAAGUAAUAUUAAUAAUAAUUAAAAAGAAGAGAAUAAAACCCCCUAGAACAUUCUUGAAAGAAUGAUGACAUUAAAUGGAACUGAGCAACUAAAUAGUUUAGAUUGUCAGGAUAUAUUAUCUAUAAAUAAAUUACCAAUUCAUGAUCGAUUUAAACAUAAAGGGAAUUCUUCUAGUUUAUCUGUAAAAUCAAAGAAAAACAAUUUUAAUAAAGAAAUCAAAAGUAUAUCUUCCGAUGUUUGUACAUUAUCAAGCAGUAGUAAAGAAAAAUUAGAUAAAAAUUCAAUUAGCAACAUUGAUUAUGAAGAGAAUAUUAAUAUCAAUGAAAGAAUUCUACCUGAUGACACAGAUAUUAUACAGACAACAUAUUCAAGAGAUUUUCCAAAUAAACAACCUUCAACUUUAAUAGCAUUACGACCACGAUCAACUAGACACGCUUUUAUAGCUCCAACAUGUAAAUCUAUCUCAACACCAAAUACUUGUCGAAAUUUAAAUGAUUUAGAAGUACUGAAUUCAGUUGAUGGUCCAUAUCAAAGUACUUAUUCAAGAGAUUAUGUUGGAUGCUGGACUCCUCAACCAGAUUCUCCAAUUAGAACAGCUACUUCAAGUGGGACAAGAGCAAAUAAACCUCAUCCAAGAAAGGACUUUUUAACUUAUCGAAAUGAGAUGAAUCAAAUGUUAUAUUUCGAUAAACCAAGCUCUCCUGUAUCGACAGUUUCUGAGUCGCUGACACAAAGAGACAAAACAUUUUGUCCUCAUCGUCAUUCAGAGGCAGAUUUAAUUCAAUCAUUAGUAUAUAAUCGACCAAAAGUCUUUCAAAAACUUAACAGAGAGCAAUAUAGUUUCUUGAAUCAAAUGCGCUUUAAAAGUACAUAUCAAGACUCUUUCAGUAUAGUUAGUCAUUGUAACCAACCGAGAAAUAUUGUUCAAGACUCCAUAAAAUCAGUACAUGAAAUCUAUGAAGGUGAGACCGGUCAUCCAUUAUCUCUUACACAUUUGAAUUUUGCUAAACCAUCAUGGAAAUAUCAAGACAAUACAACUUUUAAGGAUGUUGAUGAAAAGUUUAUAAAUGGCAAUUUAAAAUUAACAGUUCCCUGUACACGUUAUGGUUCUAACAAAAAUCAUCAUAAAAUCACUAGGGGAAUAAAAUUUAAAUUUACGCAUAUCUCUGAAAAAUUAUCUAUAUGCUUUGUCAAAUUAUUUAGAAAUCAAAUGCCAAUUAAAGAGAAUAUAACUAAUCAUUUAAUUGAUAAAGAAGAAGAUAAAGAAGAAGAACAAGAACAAGAAUAUCAUGAUGGAUAUCUAUCACCAAAUUUAAUUAUGUUACGUUCAAGAGGAGAAAAUCUACAAUUCAUUACUAAAUUAAAUUUAUGGGGUUUAAAAUUAAAACAUGUUUCCACUUUAAAAUGUAUGCCAAAUUUAAAAAUAAUCAAUAUGAGUUCAAAUUGUUUACAAUCACUUGAACCAUUUUCAAAUUGUUUAAAUCUAUGCGAACUUUAUAUACGUAGUAAUCAUAUUGUAAAUAUUAAUGAAGUGGCCCAUUUAAAAUAUUUAAAUAUGCUUGAAAAAUUAUGGUUAAGUGGGAAUCCAUGUUGUUAUUUCUUUAAAAGUUAUGACAAAACUGAAAAACAUCUAUAUGAUUCUUCAGUAGUAUAUAGAUGUACCGUGAUACGUAAUGUACAAAGUCUAUUACAUUUAGAUCAAGAAGCAAUUACAUUAGAAGAAAGAGAACUAUCAGAAGAACAUGGUAUUUUACUAACAGCUCCACCCCCUCAACUAACAAUUGAUGAACAAUCUCAAUCAGAAAUAUCCGAAACAACAUUAACCAAUAUUAAUCAAACUGAUGUAGAUGAAUCCGUUAACACAAAUAGUGUCAUCGAUAUAACUUUAAGUUCAGAUGUAGAAAUGAAAAAAGAUAGAUAUCAUUUGGAUUUACCAGUUACGAAAAAUAAAUCUCAAAUAAAUAAUCCACAUAAUGAUAUUAUAAAAGAUCCGAGAUCAACAAAUGACAUUGUCGAGCUAAUCAAUAACAAUAUCGAUUCUAAGUCACCUUUUAUUAAAAGAAAAGGUCGAAAUAGAUCCUAUUUACAGGAUGUCACAUUAAAAGAGACAAAUAAAAUUCGUCAAGAAUACGGCUUAAAACCGAUAAAUAAGAAUAAAAUUUCUUCACCGGCUAAACGACUGCAAUCGAUCGAUCAGAAAAAUGAGAAAAUUGUACGAAAUUCAAUUAUACAUUUAUUAAAAUUAUUGAAUUAUGAAAGUUUAGAAAGAAUAAUUCAAGCAGCUGAGAAACGUAUAUUACGUUUAACUAAUAUAACAAAUCAUUCAAAAUUACAUUCAUUAUUAAUAAAUAAUGAUAUUAUAGAAGAUAAUGGUAAUAAAUGGACAUUAAAUGGAACAUAUAAUUGUUUAAAUUAUAUAAAUAAUAAUAAAUGAAUAUGAUUAUUUAUUAAACAUGUAAUAGAUGUUUACAUGAUAUAUUAUAACUAUUACAUAAUAGACAUUAAAAAUGAACAAUCAAACAUUAUUAUUGAUAUAUAUAUAUAUAUAUAUAUAUAUAUAUAGACAUUCUGUUUUUUGUUGUUGUUAUUGUUGUUAUUUCCUCAUUUAGGACUGUACUCAUAUUAUCUCAUCUAAAUUGUUAAGUGUAAAUAAUGAUUUGUGAAAAACUUAAUUGAAUGAUGAAAAUAAAAAAAAUAAAUAGGGUCUAUAGAAAGUUAAAAAGCUUUACUAUUACCCCUGUGAUGAUUGAUUUCUUUUUUAAUUUUAUUUAUGAAUCACUUACAUAAGUAUUAUUGUAAUCAGUCAUUAUUUCAUUGAUUUUUGUAUCCACAUUCAUUUGUCAUAAUUAAAGUAAAUUUUAUUAAAAAA